CCGUUAAAGUAGCCCACGCUACAUGUACUUAUAGCCCUCUCUUCUUCAUCAGUCAGUCUCUGCUUUAUCUUCAUCCAUCCAUCGCCAGCCAGCUAAACCACUCUCUGCCGGCCGACUUUCCGAUCAUCCUCCAUCUCCGGUCUGUCAAACAGCUUAUAGAAAAUGGCUGAUGGUGAGGAUAUUCAACCUCUCGUCUGUGACAAUGGAACUGGAAUGGUCAAGGCUGGUUUUGCUGGUGAUGACGCUCCACGGGCUGUAUUUCCAAGCAUAGUAGGCAGACCUCGACAUACAGGUGUCAUGGUUGGCAUGGGUCAAAAGGAUGCGUAUGUUGGUGAUGAAGCUCAGUCAAAAAGAGGUAUCCUUACCCUAAAAUACCCAAUUGAGCACGGAAUUGUCAGCAAUUGGGAUGAUAUGGAAAAAAUUUGGCAUCACACAUUCUACAACGAACUUCGUGUUUCUCCUGAAGAACACCCAGUUCUACUUACAGAAGCACCGCUCAACCCAAAAGCUAACAGGGAGAAGAUGACACAAAUUAUGUUCGAGACUUUCAAUGCCCCUGCAAUGUAUGUUGCUAUUCAGGCCGUUCUAUCACUGUAUGCUAGUGGUCGUACGACAGGUAUUGUCCUGGAUUCUGGAGAUGGUGUGAGCCACACAGUACCUAUUUACGAGGGGUAUGCUCUCCCACAUGCAAUCCUCCGGCUAGACCUGGCUGGUCGCGAUUUAACAGAUUCGUUAAUGAAGAUCCUAACGGAAAGAGGGUACAUGUUCACGACAACUGCAGAGCGAGAAAUAGUGCGCGACAUAAAAGAAAAACUUGCAUACGUGGCCCUGGAUUAUGAGCAAGAGCUGGAGUCAGCCAAAGGCAGCUCUUCAGUGGAGAAAAGCUACGAGCUACCCGACGGACAGGUGAUCACAAUAGGAGCAGAGAGGUUCAGAUGCCCGGAAGUCCUGUUCCAGCCGUCCUUCAUCGGGAUGGAAUCACCUGGAAUACACGAAACAACAUAUAAUUCGAUCAUGAAGUGCGACGUGGAUAUCAGGAAGGAUCUGUAUGGAAAUAUCGUACUCAGUGGAGGUUCCACUAUGUUUCCCGGAAUUGCAGAUAGGAUGAGUAAGGAAAUAACUGCUCUUGCUCCGAGUAGUAUGAAGAUAAAAGUGGUGGCUCCUCCGGAAAGGAAGUACAGUGUUUGGAUCGGUGGAUCAAUCCUGGCGUCUCUCAGUACAUUCCAACAGAUGUGGAUCAGUAAGGGCGAGUAUGAUGAAUCUGGUCCGGCUAUUGUUCAUAGAAAAUGCUUCUAAGUUGAUUGAAGUGAAGAUAGAAAAUCCCUCCCUGUUUGUUUGUUUGUUUUUAUAUAUGAAGAAUUGAGAGAUUGCAUAAUUUGUGUAGUAAGGAGUCAAAUUAAACUAUUUCCCUGUUUUUCCAGCUUCCCAUCAACCACUUAUUAAGUUAUUAUUA